AAAAAAAAUGUGUUCAGAAGGCGUUAAAGUAAUCAAUCCCUUAUCCAGACAGAAUCCACGGUUCCCUUUUCCCGCCAUCCCUGAAACUCCAAUCCUUCCUUCCUUGUUGCCCCGCCUUCUUCUUCUUCUUCUGAUAAAAACAAGACGAAGAAGAAGAAAGGUAAACCAAUGAGGCUCUCCUUAAUGCCAUCCUUAUCCACUCCACCAAAAUGUCAGAAUGUAACCAUCAAUAAUAAUUACAAUAAUAUUCCUUUCUCGGUUAUCAACAAUGGCAACCCCCUCCUCCCAAUUCGCACACUAGUUGCUUCUUCUCACUAUCCAAUCUUGUCUAAUUCAACCCCAAAUUCUCGACCGCCCACUGAUGUUAUUAUAACAAGAUGCCAGUCUUCUUUUUCAACCCCACAAAACAGUCAAGAAGAUGGCGAUGAUGAUGAAGAAGAAGAAUCCCUUGUUCAAGACCUUAGGGUCCCUACUCAUUGGUUGCUCCCUUCCAAGGCAAUGGAAGAAUCGCAGUGGCUCAAGGUUACCCUGCAUAAAUGGUUGGAUGAUGAGUACUGCCCCGAGGAAACCAAUGUUGAGAUCAGUAAGGUUGCUGCUCAAUCAUACUACGAGUCUUUGCUAGAGAAACAAACAGACCUGGGUGUCAUCUUGUUGAACAUGGCUAGAAAUUUGGAAUCUAUCUCCUAUAAAGAAAGCUUUCAUGGGGCAUUUUCGUCAGCUAAUGCAGCUGUGAACUUGAUUGUCCAACGGAUAGAGCUUCAAGGUAAAACUUUCUGAGUAUUUUUAGAUACCAACGGUUUUGCAGGACACUAUUGCUUGUUCUAUUUGUCUCUUUCUUUUUAGUUUUUGCAUUUCUAUGGGAAUGGCACUCUCUCUUCCCGCAGAGAAAUACACAAAAGGAAGAAAUAGAAUGGGAAAGUAUGUUUUACUUGAAAGAACUACGAUUUCUAAGUUGCAAUUGAUUGUGAUUUGAAUCUUAAGACUCUA